AUGGGGCCUACCCUAGCGGUUCCCACCCCAUACGGCUGCAUUAGCUGUAAGCUGCCGCAGCCAGACUACCCCCCGGCUCUAAUCAUCUUUAUGUUCUGCGCAAUGGUUAUCACCAUCGUCGUUGACUUGAUCGGCAACUCCAUGGUCAUCUUAGCUGUGACAAAGAACAAGAAGCUUCGAAAUUCUGGCAACAUCUUCGUCGUUAGCCUCUCUGUGGCUGACAUGCUGGUGGCCAUCUACCCCUACCCUCUGAUGCUGCAUGCCAUGUCCAUUGGGGGCUGGGAUCUGAGCAAGAUCCAGUGUCAGAUGGUUGGAUUCAUCACAGGGCUGAGUGUGGUCGGUUCUAUCUUCAACAUCAUGGCAAUUGCCAUCAAUCGUUACUGCUACAUCUGCCACAGCCUCCAGUACGAGCGGAUCUUCAGCGUGCGCAACACCUGCAUUUACCUGGUCAUCACCUGGGUCAUGGCCGUCCUGGCAGUCCUGCCCAACAUGUACAUUGGCACCAUCGAGUAUGAUCCUCGCACCUACACCUGCAUCUUCAACUAUCUCAACAACCCUGUCUUUGCUGUGACCAUCGUCUGCAUCCACUUCCUUCUCCCCCUGCUCAUAGUGGGUUUCUGCUACGUGAGGAUCUGGACCAAAGUGCUGGCAGCCCGGGAGCCGGCUGGGCAGAAUCCUGACAACCAGCUUGCUGAGGUUCGCAAUUUUCUAACCAUGUUUGUGAUCUUCCUCCUCUUUGCGGUGUGCUGGUGCCCUAUCAACGUGCUCACUGUCUUGGUGGCUGUCAGUCCGAAGGAGAUGGCAGGCAAGAUCCCCAACUGGCUUUAUCUUGCAGCCUACUUCAUAGCCUACUUCAAUAGCUGCCUCAACGCGGUGAUCUACGGGCUCCUCAAUGAGAAUUUCCGAAGAGAAUACUGGACCAUCUUCCAUGCUAUGCGGCACCCUAUCCUGUUCCUCUCUGGCCUCAUCACUGAUGUUCGUGAGACUCGGGAAGCCCGGGCCCUGGCCCGUGCCCGUGCGCGUGCCCGUGACCAAGCCCGUGAACAAGCCCAUGAAGAAGAGCAUGCCCGUGCCUGUCCUGCUGUGGAGGAAGUGCCAAUGAAUGUCCGGAAUGUUCCACUACCUGGUGAUGCUGCAGCUGGCAAACCUGAGUGUGCCUCUGGCCACCCCAAACCAACCUCUGGCCACUCCAGGUCUGCCUCUGCCUACUGCAAAUCUGCCUCUGGCCACCAUAAGUCUGUCUUUAGCCACUGCAAGCCUGCUUCUGGCCACUCCAAGUCUAUGUCUGGUCACCCCAAGUCUGCCACUGUAUAUCCUAAACCUGCCUCUGUCCACUUCAAGCCUGCCUCUGUCCAUUUCAAGGCUGACUCUGUCCAUUUCAAGCCUGCCUCCAGUCACCCUAAGCCUGUCACUGGCCACCACAUUCCUGCUAGUAGUCACUCCAAGGCUGCCUUCAGCCCUGCCACCAACUACCCUAAAGCCACGACUUGCUACAUCAAGCCUGCUACCACCCAUCCUGAGCCCACUGCUGCUGGUAAUCCUGAGCCUACUGCCACCAGUCACCUCGAGCCAGCAAUUGCUGGCCACACUGAGCUUGCCGCUGCCAGCCACCCUGAGCUCGCUGCAUCCUGUCACCCUGAGACCACUGCUACCAGCCACUUUGAGUGUGACGUCACUGACAUCUCUGAGCCUGUCUGCAGCUCAGCCAGUGGGUCUCCCAAGUCUGCUGCCAGCCCACUGGAGUUUGCUGCUGCCUGCCAGCUUCCCGACCCCACUACCCAUGAUUACCAUAAGAUCGUGAUUAUUGAUGUGGAAGUUGAUUCUGAUGAAAUGGCUCUGUGA